UUGGACUGAGGCAGCUUCCAUCCCAAGGCAGCUACAGACACACAAUUCAGAGAAACUUUGUGCAAAAGAGAUUAAAGAUGCUCCUGAUCAUCCUGAUUCAACUCCUGAUCGUCGCAUCAGCAAAUGCCCAGGCAACCACCACUGUAGCAGCUACAACUGCAGCACCCACCACUGUAGCAGCUACAACUGAAGCACCAACCACUGCAGUACCCACCACGACGGCUGCUGGUGCCAUCACCACAACGGCUGCUGGUGCCAUCACCACGACGGCUGCAGCACCCACCACGACUGCUGCUGGUGCCAUCACCACAACGGCUGCAGCACCCACCACGACUGCUGCUGGUGUCAUCACCACGACGGCUGCUGUGUGA